GGUCACUUGUUAUCUUAGCGCGAGUGAGAUAACAAACCGGCCUUUUGAGAACCAGUAGGUAACCAGUCUUUAUUCGAGCCAGCGCAGGCGCGGCACGCUUCCAUCGCGCGGUAUUGCAAAAUAAAUAAAAAAAUAAUAAUGUUCCCAUUACGCCGUGUUGUUGGCAACAAGAUCUUGGAGCAAUGGCGGGCCCCAAUUACUGCUGGAGCGAAGGCUCAAGUGAAGACUUACAGCUCGGAAGCAGCCACGCCGCGACCUUUGACCAUGCUGACAGAAGAUGAGCUAGCUAUGAAAGAAACAAUCAGGAAGCUGGCGACUGAACAGAUAGCUCCUCUAGUCAAGAAGAUGGAAGACGAACACAAAAUCGAUGACGGAAUCAGACAAUUGCUCUUCGACAAUGGUUUAAUGGGUAUCGAGACUCCCGAGCAAUACAGCGGGUCUGGCUGCGGAUUCCUUACGAUGAUGCUGGUAGUGGAAGAGUUGUCCAGGGUGGACCCUGCCGUGGCAGCAUACGUCGACAUCCACAACACCCUCGUCAACUCCUUAUUCAUGAAGAUUGGUACAGAGGAACAGAAGCAGAAGUACUUGACAAAGCUUUGCACUGAAUACGCAGGCAGCUUCUGCUUAACAGAACCCAGUUCAGGCUCCGACGCGUUCUCACUCAAGACUGUUGCGAAGAAGGACGGCGAACACUAUGUAAUCAACGGCUCCAAGAUGUGGAUCUCCAACUCCGACGUUGCUGGAGUAUUCCUCGUCAUGGCGAAUGCUGAUCCGUCCAAGGGGUACAAAGGCAUCACGUGCUUCAUAGUGGAGCGCGAGACUCCCGGCCUGAGCGUCGCCAAGCCCGAGAACAAGCUCGGCAUCCGCGCCUCCGGCACCUGCAUGGUGCACUUCGACAACGUGCGAGUGCACGAGUCCGCCAUAUUGGGAGAAUAUGGGAAGGGAUACAAGUACGCAGCAGGUUUCCUGAACGAGGGUCGCAUAGGCAUCGCGGCGCAGAUGAUCGGACUCUGCCAGGGUUGUAUGGACGCUACCAUCCCCUACACGCUGGAGAGGAAGCAGUUCGGAAAGAACAUCUACUCCUUCCAGGGCAUAAGCUAUCAAAUCGCGCACCUGUCGACACAACUGGAGGCCGCACGACUGCUCACAUACAACGCUGCGCGACUCAAGGAGCACGGACACGACUUCGUCAAGGAGGCCGCCAUGGCCAAAUACUACGCUUCCGAAAUCGCCCAAACGCUUACAUCCAAGUGCAUUGACUUUAUGGGAGGCGUAGGCUUCACUAAAGAUUUCCCUCAAGAGAAGUUCUUCCGGGACGCCAAGAUCGGCACCAUCUAUGAAGGCACCAGCAACAUGCAGCUCCAGACCAUUGCCAAGCUUCUUGAGAAACAGUACACACAGUAAACAGUGCCAUAACUAUAGUUAACUAUAUGUUAUAAGUCAUUUAUCAGAGAUUUAAACAAAUAAUUAAAACACUUUUGUGUAAAAAUAAUGAGAAUUUAAAUAAAUUAGGCCAUAACAACAUUAAGACUUAUUUGUGUGCUAUGGGAUUCAUUUGCGUGAUUGUCAAAAUUGUGGCCUUUCACUAGCUCACUGCUCAACAUCGGCAUAAGGUCAAUCCAACUUUGUAUAUCCAGCAGGAUAGUAAAAUUUAGGACUUGACCUUUCAGCUUUGAACUGAUAAAAAAUAUACACUACCUUUUUUCAAGUUGUUAAUGAAUAAACUUCUUAAUUUUCAACUUAGUCAUGCCACAAAAAUAAUGGUAUCAAGCACAAAACUUGAUGUUGAGACUGGUAACUAAGUUUUUAAACGUCUUACUGCCAAUGUGUAUUAAUCAUGAGAACAUUGUUUGUCUACAACACUGAAGAUUAUUUUACAGGGUAAAAUAUUUAUAUAUAAGAAUGAACCAAUAUUGUCUAUUGUAUUAUGUUAAUAUCUAUUAAAUAUGAAACAAAAUAUAAAACUUUUUUAUUUAUCUUA